AACGGCCCAUAAAAAUAAUCCAAACUCAACCCCAAAGUUAGGGGAAGCUAUCCGGUCGGAGGAUUUGUAUGUAUGAAUAUGGCAAUUGCAUUCGCAGCAGUGGCAAGACCAUCCUCAAUGGUAUUGCUAACGAGACAAAGAUCCAUACCCAGGUGGGUCUUCACCCCUCUCGCUUCUUCAUCUUUUUCGUCGUCGACUUCUUCCUCCACUCCUUCCAGAAAGCUCGUUCUCUACUCAAAGCCCGGUUGCUGUUUGUGUGAUGGCCUCAAAGAAAAACUCCAAGCUGCCUUCUUACUCUCCGGCCCUGAUUCCCUUCACGAUGUUGAUUUACAGAUAAUGGAUAUAACCAGCAAUCCUGAGUGGGAAAUGGCUUAUCAAUAUGAGAUACCCGUGUUAGCCAAAGUACUCUCUGAUGGCACCGAGGAAAUCCUACCUAGGUUAUCUCCACGUCUUGGAGUGGAGCUCGUCCAAAAGAAGAUUGCAGCUGCUUUGAAACAAUAAGAGGAUUCGAAGGUCAUUGAGUGAUCGAUACUCAAGGAUGCUCUUUGUUUUUUAAUAUAAAGAUCUUAAGUGCGAAGGAUGAUUCUAAUACGAUUUUUUUAACAUUGAUUUAGGGAAGUAAAUUUUGAACAUUAAUCAAAUCAGGCAUUCUGUCU